GAGAUGAUCGACCGACUAGUAGGGGAUGACCCAAUGGACGACCCCCCGGCUUAUAUGAAGAUCAUAAAGCCUCAAAUGCCUUCACCUUGGGAAGGUGAAGACGACGUAUACAAGUUUGAGGAAUGGCUCCUCAAACUGUUAACGUACUUCCAGAACUUGCGGAUCACCGGACCUAGAACGGACAGUGAUCGAACCAGAAUGUUGAGUGAGGCUCUCAAGGGAGAGCCCCACAUCUGGUACUAUCGCAACGUCGCGGCUAGCCGGGAUCGCCACCACAAGUGGACGUUCUCCGAGGCAGUACUCGCACUGCAUCGAAGAUUCAUUCACAAAGAUGGAGAAGUUGAGGCGGCUGAGCAAUUCUAUCGCGCGAAAUACACUCAGAAGGGCGGCAUCUCCGACCUUCUGGAUCGUAUGACGCGGUACGCUGAUAGAAUGACCGAACGCCCCGGCGAAUACAUCUGGAAGAGCAAGUUCAUGGCUGCCCUUCCAAGCGAAAUGGAGAAGGUGUUGCGUACAACCUAUCUCAUUACGCCGGAGAAGACGAAGUUCAGUGAUAUGGCUCAUGCUGCAUUUGCAUAUGAGCAUGCACUACGCUCGGAGAGGGCGACCUGGGCACUGUGGGGACCAGGUUCGCAAGCUCCCAAGAGCAGCGGCAGUCAGGAUAAGAAGCCCGUGACGACGAAUACCACCCGUAAGACAACGGGUGGUAAUCAGCCGGGGUAUAAACCC